CUUCAGGCCUGCGUAGUACGCAUCAGCUAUGCUGCCUCCGUGCUUGCGCAAUCGCCGCAAUACUAUGUUAGUGAGGCUGUGUGUAUCUGCCUUGGUGGCAACGGCGCUAUCUGCAGCACAAGAACAACUUCCGGGAGACAUUUGCAGGAAACCGCCUUCUUCGGCAGACAUGAUUGCAGUGCUGAGGCCGGUGUCCGAAAUGGCCAUCGACUGCUUGGCGGACGUUGUGCUGCAGUACAAAUUGGAUUCGACGUUUGUGAUCAGCGUUCUUGAAGCCAUAUGCAGACACCACGCAAUCUGCGUACAAGAGUACACAACAAAUCGGACCCAAGCGCUCAAGAAAGCUGCGGAGGUGUGCCUCGUGGAACGUGCCAUUGAAACGAUGACUUGUGUUGUGGAGCAACUGGCCAUUCCCUUACACGACGCAAAGAAGAUGAACGCCGCGCUCCAUUGGCUGUACGAGUCUGCUUACAGCAAGCUUACGUCACAGUGAGCACGGAGCCAGAUGCCUGAUAGUAUUCUCGGGGAUCCCGUGGCCACCACGUUCCAAACUGAAGAACUCCAAAACAUUAAAGUGGCAGAGAAGAGGUAAAAAAAAAAAAAGAGUGGACGUGCGAAUAAACCGGCGAGUUUCAUGUUUCCAUGAAUAAGUCGUUUCGCCUUAUGCAGUAGUGAUUGUUCAUCGCCGGAUUAUCACUGGUCUCGAGUUAUCAGGCAGGUUUUGCAGAUUUGUCGCUUACGUGCCGUUCCUCUCAGAUUUCACGCUCUGAUGCAGUGCAGGGAAACUGAGCGCGCGUUGACGAGACGCAAGCUACACGCGCCCUCGACGUGGCUCCGAAACGGACAAAGCAGCCAAGUGGAUCCACCCUCGUGCACCGCUCAAUCGGCUUUCCAGCCGAGCGAGGGAGGCCAAGCUUCUAGGUGCCGCU